GUGAUCCCGUACUUCGUUCAAUGGCAUAAUGGGGACUAUUGUAAAACGGGACUCCUUGGGUAGAGUGCCCUUGACGUGUGCGUCUACCUAUAUCUUCUUAUCUCACUCCCUGGUCUGGUUUGAACAUGCCUGGAUACGCACAGGCGGUUGUUCAGUCUAGCCUAGUUUUAUCCUGGUUGGAGGUUCGGAGAGGUGGUGGGGUGGAUAUUUGGUCCAUAUUGGGAUAUAUAGUAGAGUUGUGCUAUUUGUAUAAUAUUAAUGUAUUAUUCAUACAAUACUUACAUGACUUAUGAUCUUGAAAUGGCUAAUUUUAUAUAGUUUAAUACAGGG